AUGUCGGGUAUUUCGAAUACGUAUGAGGAGGACGUCCCAACACCCGCAGAACAAGACGCGAUUAGAUCUAUUGCAAAGCCUUUCCAUGCAAAGUCUGACGACGAACUUCGGGGUUUGGCUGGCGAGUUCCUUAGGAAUGCGGAGUUAGAUGAAAGUCUAUUAGUUAUAUUCGAGAAGGGUGCAAUGCUGGCUCAACAGCCUACCCGCUAUGAACAAAGGGGAGACGGCCUUGAUCUCACGGAGACUGAAGCAAGAACCUUGAGAGAUGAGAAGGAGAACAAAUGGAAUAUAUCAGGGACUUUACUCUCUCUAGUUAUCGUUUGCAGUAUGUCAGCAGCUGUCCAAGGCAUGGACGAAACUGCCGUCAACGGAGCGCAACUGUUUUAUAGUAAAUCUUUCGGAAUUGAGGAUGGCGAACACCUUCUUGGCCUCUUGAACGCGGCUCCGUACCUAUCAUGCGCAGUGCUAGGAUGCUGGCUCACUGAGCCCAUGAACAAAUAUUUCGGUAGACGAGGAACGAUAUUUAUUGCAUGCAUUAUCUCGUCUCUUUCCUGCCUCUGGCAAGGCUUUACGCAUACUUGGCAGCAUAUGUUCUUUGCCCGGCUAGUCUUAGGGCUUGGGAUUGGUCCAAAAAGUGCCACAGUCCCCAUAUACGCAGCCGAAAGUAGCCCAGCAUCUAUAAGAGGUGCUCUAACUAUGAUGUGGCAGAUGUGGGUGGCUUUUGGGGUCAUGGUAGGGUAUUUGGCAGGCGUAGCCUUUCAUGAUAUACAUUCAGAAAAGAUUCCAGGAUUGAAUUGGAGGUUGAUGAUAGCCAGCCCAAUGGUUCCUCCGCUAAUUGUUUGUGUUCAUAUAUUCUUUUGUCCGGAAUCUCCCCGAUGGUUAAUAAGCCAUAAACGUUUCAAAUCUGCCUUCGAAGCACUCGAAUCCCUCCGGGGAACCAAGCUUCAAGCUGCGAGAGACCUACUCCAUAUCCAUUUCUCUCUCGAGGCCGAAAAAAAGGUCCGAAGAAGGAUAGGUGUAAUUCAACGUCGUAAAGAACUGCUCACCGUACCUAGGAAUUGGCGAGCACUUCGUGCGAGUACUAUCGUUAUGGCGAUGCAGCAGCUUGGAGGUGUAAACGUUAUCGUUUAUUAUUCCUGCAACAUCAUUGUUGAAGCAGGAGCUUCUACUAAAAAAGCACUCCUACUCUCCAUGGGAUUUGGAAUUAUCAACUUUCUUUUUGCACUGCCGGCGGUGUGGACAAUUGAUACAUUUGGGAUGGCAUUUUAUAUACCAGAUGGCAAUGCCAAAACUGCGGUGGUUUCUCUCGGUAUUUUCCUUUUUGGGAUGGCUUACAGUCCCGGGGAAGGGCCUGUCCCGUUUGUAUACUCCGCUGAAUGUUACCCGCUUCAUCUCCGUGACAUUGGAAUGUCCUGGUCCACCUCCGUGACGUGGUUUUUCAACUUUUUAGUUGCUAUGACACUACCUCUCUGCCUCAAACACAUGGGUCAGCAGGGUACAUUUGGAUACUAUGCUGGCUGGAACGUCAUUGGGUUCUUUCUUAUCUUUAUGUAUGUACCAGAGACAAAGGGAAAAACGCUAGAGGGUCUGGACAAGGUUUUCAGAAGGCGAUCAAGCGGGGAGAAUUGGAAAUCUUUGAAGGCGUUGUUUUUCAGGGGCCAGGUAAGGUCAGGUAUAGUUGAUGAGGUCGAGCCCGAGCAGACGAAGAACCCGUACCUGAUGUAG